AUGCACAUCCGCGCCGACCACGCCGAGCUUGAUGUCGGAGUCCUUCAGGACUUUAUCAAGAAUUUCCCUCUCGGCCAGUUGACGACCGCGAUCAAGACCCAGCAUGGCCCGACGAUCCAGACGUCGCACAUGCCGUUCGUUCUGGACCCCGGGACAGACGGCUCGCCCGGCGUCUUGCGGGGACACAUGGCGCGCGCCAACCCGCAGUCCAAGGCGCUUCGUGAGGCCGCGGCUGCGUCGCCAAAAUUUACGCUCGACGACGAAGUGCUCAUUCUCUUCAACGCGCCAGUGAACGCCUAUGUCACGCCCAACUUUUACGUGGCCACAAAGCCCGACUCUGGCAAGGUUGUGCCGACUUGGAACUAUGCCGCUGUGCAAGUGUACGGCCGCAUCACGGUGCUGGCCGAGAACGACGAUGCGGCGGGUACAUUCUUGGCCAAGCAGCUCGACGACCUCACAGACCUGUUGGAGGGCCGGGCGCCGCACGAGAAGAAGUGGAAGGUGUCGGACGCACCAGAGCGGUACACGGACCUGCUCAAGAAAGCAAUUAUCGGGAUCCAGAUCAAGAUUGACCGUAUCGAGGGCCGCUUCAAGCUCUCGCAGGAGAUGGUCGAUGGAGACUGGAGCGGCGUGGUCCAAGGAUUUGCGGCUCUCGGUACAACUGAGGGUCUGAAGAUGUCCAAGAUGGUCGAGGAGCGCGGCAAGUCGCGUAACCUCAAGGUCUAG